AUGUCAUUCAAGUCGCGACUAGAAGCUGUCGCCGGCCAUAUCAACCCACCAAAGACUACCCCUACCAUUGUGGUUGAAGAUGAAGUGCUGGCAAAGGAACCGUCACCAGAGUUUCCCCAAAAUCAGAGAACCAUCUUUCCGCCACUGGAGCUCGAAGAGCAUUCAGUGGAUGAUGUACGAAGUUUGCGAGUCGCAAUAGUGGGUGCGGGUAUUUCGGGUAUCUUUGCUGGUAUCCUCCCCCGGGGUGCCGAAAUAAAAAUCUGCUGGAAGCGGAUAAUGGACAAUUAUGAACUUGUGAACAAGUACAUUCGAUUGAAGUGUCGCGUCGAUAAAACCGAAUGGUCCGAGGAAAAAGGGAGAUGGCUGGUGACUGUUGCGUCGAAUGGAAAGAUUCUUGGAGAUGCCAUCGACUUUCUUGUAAUUGCGACUGGGCAUUUCGCAGAUCCAAGGUUACUUGACCAUCCCGGCAGGGAUGAGUAUGAAGGCCAUUUGCUACAUAGUUCUAACUGGGAUGAGACCUUCGAUCCUGCAGGAAAACGCAUUGCCAACCUGGCUCAAUAUGUAGCAGAUAACAUCGACAAGGCGAGGACCAGCCCAGACGAGUAUCUGAAAUUUCGAAAAGAGCUAGAGGCCCACUUGUUCAGUCGUUUUGGAGCUAUUUUCAAGGGUGACAGAACCGAUCUUUUUGACUCGAUUCUUCCAGAUUUUGCACCCAGUUGCAGGCAACUGACUCCGGGUCCUGGAUAUUUGGAAGCCCUCACCGCUGGCAACGUAGACUAUGUGAUAGCUCCGAUCGAGAAGUUCACCCGUAUCAGCAUUCAGACAGUCGAUGGAAAACACCGGGAAGUGGAUGCAAUCAUUUGCAGCACUGGGCACGACGUAUCCUUCAGUACCGCGUUCCCCAUUUAUGCCAAUGGAAUUGAAGUCCAGGCUGUAUGGCGCCCAGGUGGAGACCCCGGAUUUCCAGACUCGUAUCUUGGCUUUGCGGCUCCCAAGAUUCCUAACCUCGUGACUAUGUUUGGUGCUAACGCGACAGGACCUGUUGGGACGCUAUGUCAUGCCGUGCUGCGUAAAAUAUCUAGUCAAGGGAUCCGAAGUUUAGCACCGACCGUUGCGGUCACUCGACACUUCCGCGCGUACUGUGAAUCAUUUUUCCCGAGGAAAACCAUGAGCGAAUAUAGCAGUUUGUGGUACAAUGGAGGAAUUAAAGGCGAUAAGAUCCAUGGACUGUGGCCGGGCAGCGCAGCUCAUGUAGCAUUCGUUAGGCGCGAGUCGAGGUGGGAGGACUUUGAAUAUACCUAUAUAAGUUCAGAAGGCAAUUGA